AUGACAACAUCUUUUCCCAUGAAUGCUGGUGAUGAUCCUUACAGCUACUCCAAAAACUCCCAAUUGCAGAAAGAAGUGUUAGAUAAUGCAAAGGAGAUGGUGAGAGAUGCAAUUAUUCGAAAGCUUGACAUCAAAAUCCUGUUAUCUUCUUCAAACACAUUUCGUAUUACAGAGUUGGGAUGUUCAAUUGGACCAAACACUUUUAGUGCAAUGCAACAUGUUGUAGAAGCUUUAAAGGAAAAAUACAAAAAUAAUAUUCCUGAAUUCCAAAUAUUCUUCAAUGAUCAUGUCACCAAUGAUUUCAACACCCUCUUUCGAUCACUACCUAUUGAUCGAUCCUACUAUGCAUUUGGAGUUUCAGGAUCUUUUCAUGGUAGAUUAUUUCCAUCGCGAUCAAUACAUUUUGCUCAUUGUUCUACUUCUAUACAUUGGUUAUCUAAGACUCCAAAAGAGUUGUUAGAUGAGAAAUCUCCAUCAUGGAACAAGGGUUUGAUUCAUUAUAUAGGUGCUUCAAAUAUUGAAGUAAUGAAUGCUUAUGUUGCUCAAUUUGAAAAGGACAUGGAAAUGUUCUUCAAUGCAAGAGCUGAGGAAAUUGUUCCUGGUGGAAUGAUGCUUCUAAUUUCACCACAACUAAGUGAAUGUCUCUUGAAAUUUUUUGGUUCUAGUCUUAUGGCUUUGGUGAACGAGGGUAAGUUAGAUGAGUCUUUAGUUAACUCAUUCAAUGUGCCAGUGUAUUUUCCCUCUAUUGAAGACAUGACUAAAGUGGUGGAGAAAAAUGAUUGUUUUAGCAUAGAGAGAAUAGAGUUAACACAUCCCACGUCAAAGCUUGUGGAUGAGGCUGAUGCAAAGACUUUAAUGAUAAACCUAAGGGCUGUUUUAGAAGGACUUUUCAUCAAUCAUUUUGGGAGUAAAUUAGCAAAAGAAGCUUUUACAAGGACUAUUCUUAAAAGUGAUGAGAUUUCAGCAUGGAUGAAAAUAAAAUACAAGAAAGCAUGCCAAUUAUUUAUCGCUUUAAAGCGUAAAUGA